GGAUACUCGUGCUCACUCCCGCCGCUGUGUGGUAGAGAGCUGAUCGGACAGGCUGCUGAACUGCGGACAAAGAACCGGAGACAUGGAAAAUCAAUUGUGUAAGCUUUUUGUCGGUGGCCUUAAUGUCGAGACCACCGACGACGGUCUUCGCAAACACUUUGAGCAGUAUGGGAAGCUGACUGACUGCGUGGUUGUCCAGAACCAGCAGCUGAAGCGGUCGCGAUGCUUCGGCUUUGUGACCUACUCCACCGCGGAGGAGGCCGACGCCGCCAUGGCCGCCCGGCCGCAUGUAGUAGACGGCAACAACGUGGAGCUGAAGCGGGCCGUGGCCCGUGAAGAUGCCGGAAAACCGGAGGCUCUGGCCAAGGUGAAGAAGAUCUUCGUCGGCGGUCUGAAAGACGACGUGGAGGAAGAGCACCUCCAAGAGUAUUUCUCCCAGUUCGGCGCGAUCGAAAAGGCCGAAGUGAUCAGCGACAAGCAGACCGGCAAGAAGCGCGGCUUCGGCUUCGUCUACUUCGACGAUAAUGAUUCGGCCGACAAAGCGGUGGUGCUGAAGUUUCACACCAUCAACGGACACAAGGUGGAGGUGAAGAAAGCCCUCACCAAGCAGGAGAUGCAGGCCGCCGGCGGUCGGAGCCGGGGCCGCGGCGGACGGGGAAUGGGAAGGUCUCAAAAUGGCUACGGAGGCGGAAGAGGCGGCUACAGCUAUGGCGGCUACGGGGGGAACGAUGGAGGAUAUGGCGGUGGCUACGGCGGGGGCUACGGCAGUGGGGGCGGAUAUGGUGGUGGCUACGGAGGAAGCGGCAGCUACGGCUACGGCGAUCAAAUGGGCGGCUACGGUGGAGGGAACGGCUACAGUGACUUUGGCAGCGGGUACGGCCAGCAGUCCUCCGGCUAUGGCCCCAUGAAAGGCGGCAGCAGCUACUCCGGCCGCAGCAGCGCGCCUUACUCCCGAGGGGGCGGCGGUGGCGGCUACAGCCGAGGGGGUUACGGCGGAUCCUACUGAACCCGACCCUGAAAGAGACUGGGCCCGGGAACACCCCUGGCGCCGAUGAUGGCCACUACCUUGGACCACCUUUUGAACGCAAAUUGACCGCUGCUGCGUAGCGGGCGAUGCCCCCCGCAGAAGAUCUCCGAUUCCAGCAAAUAACUUGCAGGUUUAACGUCUAUAGCGCACUUACAUGUAGGAAUCCUGUGAAAGUAGGUCUAACAGCACUGCUGCCCAAAGGAUCCAGCAGCAAUCCAGCCAGAACUGUGGCUUUCGUCCGUACUGUUGAGGUGUUGGUACCGUACCCCAAAAUAGCCAUAGCAGUUUAUACAGGGGCUGUGUUCAGUACCUGGGGGUUGUGGUAGGACUCAGAUAUUUCAUUAGGAUGACAUCCUUCAAAACUAGGUGACUGGAGGCCUGAUCUCGAUGGCUUGGUCCCUGCUGCCUUGUUGGCGGACCUAGGUGUGACCAAAAGACUACAGCCUUGGAACAGUUCGAUCCACCCCAUGCCUGACUGAAUAACUUCUGAAUACUUCUUGAAUGGUCUUAAAUUUCAUUUAUGGAUCCUUUGAAUCUGAAGUCUUCAGUUUGAUUGACAUGUGACCCUUUAAUCUGUUACUUUUCAGUCACAGGCUCUUAGUUAGCCUGGUUUGAUAUUCCCGUACAAUCUCUGUUUAAAGGGAGUGCAAUUCUUUUUGCUGCAACGCAGCGUAGAUUACAAGUGUGAAGUUAUGUGGCGGCUGGGCUUUUAAUUGAGGAACUGCUCAGGGCACAAGAUGAAACGGAAAUGUUUUGUCAAACACCAGUGGAUUACUUGCAUUGACCUGCUUAGUGGCAGCAUGACUAAACGGCUGUUAUCAAAACACUCGCUUCUGGAUUCUAAGUCUUGUAUGAGUGCCUGGUUUUUAUCAAAUGUGCUUAUUAAAAUGCAAGUGUUAUCACGCA